AUGACAGACGGUCAUGCUGAAGCCGCGGUUGACAUUUCCCACCAGGUCUCCAUGUCAACGAGGUCGCGAGACAGGUCCUCUGGCUUCUCAACCUCCAUACUUCCAACAGAGAUAUAUCAAAUGAUCGUUGAACAUAUUGUGUCGCAUUAUGAUAGACGCAACAACGAUCAUAAGGCAAUCCGAGCCAAGACUUUAUCAUCCCUAACUCGCACAUCCACGACCCUCCAAUAUCUCACCGAACCAUAUCUCUACUCCUUUCCAGAUGGCUCACGACUGGAAAGCUAUCAAGGCAAGGAACGGUUUCGGCUAUCACUGGCAGUUGAUUCUCGUCGAGCAAACCAUGUCCAGGUUCUUGACUUUGAGUGGGACACGCAGGUUCGGUCUCGAAGACUUGUUAUAGACAUAGCAAGACGGUGCCCAAACUUACGCCUUCUUGGGUUGAGAUUGCCUAAGAAAGCUAGCGGUGGGGACGAAUUUAACCAAGCCUAUGUCGAUCACUUAGCUGAUCUCUUCUUCGUCUGUCCGAACGUCAGGAAACUACGCCUCACGACGUAUUGCAGGAAAGUAGAUCUUCCAAUACCGGAAAAGAACGCGCGGGUCGCCAAGUUUGCUGGACAACUCUCCCAUGUCGAGAUGAACGGUGGGGGUGCCUGGUUUCAGAAGGCCAUGUUGCCUUAUCUGUCAAAAAAAUUGAUAUCGUUCAGCGCGAUACACACUGAUUCCCCUCAAUAUGAGGAUCUUCCAGGUUUCUUAGAAACCCUCAGCCAACGCUGCCCAGUCUUGCAGAGACUGAAAAUUAAGUGCCACGGGAUAACUCUAGCAGACCUGACGACACUCUGCAAAGCCCUAGGUUCGACACUCAAGUUGCUGUGCCUUGACUGUUUGGAUGGUGACGGAAGUGUCCUGAGCAUGUUGGUUCCCCGCCUGCAAGUCCUGGAGCAUUUGAUGUUGGGCCAUGACAUCCCUCUACAUGUCCAAGACUUGAAGGCCAUGUCCAGCCUAUCAUGUUUAAGAACAUUUAUCGCAGACGGCAUGGACUAUUCCUACAACUACACCGGUAAUUUCUUUCGUGGGGAAACGGAUACCGAUGUGGAUCGCGCUCUGGCUAGCUUCAUCCACGCACAUAGGACGACACUGGAGACGAUGUGGCUAAAUUCAGAUCACAGGUUGGACAGGGGUGUAUUUGACAACUUGAAGCUAGUGCCAAACCUAGGUUGUGUGGGCCUAUGCUUGAUGGAAGAACUCGAGAGAAAAGACGUCGAUGAUCUUUUAGAGGCGUGCCCUAAGCUUCGAGGGGCAUCAGAUAUUCAUGAAUGUCUUGAUGAAAUGUUUGGGAAUGGGGUUUCCUUGGAGAACAGGCGUUACAUGUGGAUUGGGUAUUGGCGCCCUACUAUGUGGUUUGAGAAUGAUUAUCCGUGGUCUGAUACAAGUUGGGCAGUAAGCUUACGACAAUAUCAGGAUGAGAUAUAA